GCACACACACUCGGAAGCGGAGAGCGUGGAGAGGAAGGCUCGGUGCCCAGCAUCGACCUCUAAAGACUCAUGUUGCCUGAGGAAGAAGCCCGGAAGAGGAGGAAGAGGAAAGAAAAGGAGUCAGAAAUGGCUCUUUCUCAGGAACGGUUGGCCUUCGAGGAUGUGGCCAUAGAAUUCUCUCAGGAGGAGUGGGAAUGCCUGGACCCUGCUCAGAGGGCCUUGUACAGGGACGUGAUGCUGGAGACCUACAGGAACCUGCUGUCCCUGGAUAUCUCUCCCACACAUGUUAUCAAGAAAUUACAACCAAAGGAGAACACUAAUUCAACAGAUACAUUCCAGACAGUGAUUUUGGGAAGACACGAAAGCCAUGAAGUCAAAGGUUUUUACUUCAGGGAAAUCCGAGAAAACAUGCAUCACUUUGAGUGUCAGUGGAGAGAUGAUGAGAGAAAUUACAAAGGAGUGCCUGUAACCCAUAGUGGAAAUCUCACUGACAGAAAAGAUCCACAUGGUGGAAGGGAUGCAGGAAACAAGCCUAUUGAAAAUAAGCUUGCAUUAAGCUUUCAGGAUGAACUGUGGAUAUUUCACACUGAAAGGAAAAUUUAUGAAUGUAAUCAAGUUGAGAAGUUCAUCAACAAUAGUUCCUCAAUUUCAGCUCUCCAAAGAAUUACUCCUAGUGUCGGAACCAACACUUCUAAUAUGUAUGGGAAUGAUUUUGUCCAUCCUUCAAUACUGACACAAGACCAUAAAGCACACAGGGAAAAACCUUACAAACGUAAUGAGUGUGGCAGAGCCUUUAGUAUGUGCUCAAGCCUCACGAACCAUCAAGUAAUCCAUACUGGAGAGAAACCUUACCAAUGUAAUGAAUGUGACAAGGCUUUUUUCCAUAGUUCCAAACUUGUAAAACAUCAAAGAAUUCAUAGUGGAGAGAAACCACACAAAUGUAAUGAAUGUGGUAAAGCUUUUAUCCAAAGUUCAAGCCUGGCUGACCAUCAGAAAAGUCAUGCUGGAGAGAAACCAUACAAGUGUGAUGAAUGUGGCAAAGCCUUUAUUGUGCAUUCAAGCCUAAUCAACCAUCAGGUAGUCCACACUGGAGGGAAACCUUACCCAUGUAAUGAAUGUGGGAAGGCUUUCCUCAAACGUUCAAACCUUAGGCUUCAUGAGAGAAUUCAUACUGGAGAGAAGCCAUACAGGUGUAUUGAAUGUGGCAAGGCCUUUAGGCAAUGGUCUGACAUCAGGAUUCACCAAAGAAUUCAUGCUGGAGAGAAGCCUUUCAAAUGUAAUGAGUGCGGCAAAGCCUUUACUCAGGGCUCACACCUCACUAGACAUCAGGUAAUCCAUACAGGAGAGAAACCAUAUAAAUGCGAUGUAUGUGACAAGGUCUUCAGUCAGAAUUCACACCUUGCAAGUCAUCGGAGAAUUCAUACUGGGGAAAAACCAUACAAAUGUAAUGAGUGUGGGAAAGCCUUUAUUGUUCGUUCAAGCCUAACUUACCAUGAGGUAAUUCAUACUGGAGAGAAAUCUUACAAAUGUAAUGAAUGUGGCAAGGCUUUUAUCAAGAGUUCACAUCUUAGGCAUCAUGAGAGGAUUCAUACUGGAGAGAAGCCAUACAGGUGUAUUGAAUGUGGCAAGACUUUUCAGCAAUGGUCUGACAUCACUACUCACCAAAGAACUCAUGCUGGAGAGAAGCCUUUCAAAUGUAGUGAGUGCGGCAAAGCUCUUACUCAGGGUUCACACCUCACUACACAUCAGAUAAUCCAUACUGGAGAGAAAUCAUAUAAAUGCAAUGUAUGUGGUAAGCUCUUCAGUCAAAAUUCACACCUAGCAAGUCAUCGGAGAAUUCAUACUGGAGAGAAACCAUACAAAUGUAAUGAGUGUGGCAAAGUCUUCAGUCAAAACUCACACCUUGUAAAUCACCAGAGAAUUCAUACUGGAGAGAGACCUUACAGAUGUAAUGAGUGUGGCAAAUCCUUUAGUGUGCCUUCAAGCCUCAGUAAACACCAGGUGAUCCAUACUGGGGAGAGACCUUACAAAUGUAAUGAAUGUGGCAAGGCUUUUAGCAGGCGUUCACACCUUAGGCUUCAUGAGAAGAUUCAUACUGGAGAGAAAUCAUACAAAUGUAUUGAGUGUGGCAAAGCCUUUAGACAGUGAUCCUACCUCAGGAUUCACCAAAGAAUUCAUUCUGGAGAGAAACCUUACAAAUGCUGUGAUUGUGGCAAAGCUUUUACUCGGGGCUCACACCUCUCCAGUCAUCAGAAAAUCCAUACUGGACAGAACCUUACAGAUGUACUGAGUGUUGCAAGGCUUUUAGGUAUUGCCUUAAACUCAGGGUUCACCAAAUAGUCCAUACUUAACAAAUGCAAUGAAUGUGGCAAAUUUUCAACUUACUGCACACUUUUCACCAAGUAACAGGAUCUGUAUUCUGGAGUGAAACCAUACAAGUGUAGUGUGUGUGAUAAGGAUAUUUUAUCCAAAUAUCAAACGUUGGGGAACAUAUUGGAUGGACAUCUUUAAAAUGCAAUACACAUGGCAAAGGCUUUCACUUGAGUUAAGUAUUAGGCAACAGCAGAGUCCCAAAGAUCAAAACUAUGGAGCAUCAGAGGAUUUAUGUUGGAGAGCAACCUUACAGAUGUAAUGAAUGUUGUAAGGCUUCUUCAGAUGUGCAUGCCUUUGGCAUAAUGAGAGAAUUUAUGCAGGACAGAAAAUAUACAGAUAUACUUAACAUGGAAAUACCUUUAAGAAACAGUGUGUCCUUAGGAUUCACCAAACAAUUCAUAUUGGGGAGAAUCUUUAUAAAAAGUAGUUGGUAAAUUUCUUCACCACUUCUCACAACAGACCGCACUUCAAGGAACCAUACUAGGAAUACCUAAGUCUUCAGUUUUCUGAGAUUAGCCUGAGAUAAUUGUACAGUGCAGAAUAAUUAAAAAUCAAAAUCUGUUAAAACUCAACGACAUGAUGCUUAUCACAGGAGCAAAGACUCAUGCGGAAAUGGCCCAUUCAGUGUAUAAAAUAUUUAAAUAUUUGAGUUUUCUUGAAAGAGUACAUUGCUAUUCAUGACUUUCAACCUGAAGGUUGAAGUCUGUUGAACUUAUGCCUUCAUUACAGUCGUUUCAUGAUGGUCUCUGGGAAGAAAUCAAUAAGGUGAAGGGGCUGACUUUAUUAGGUGUGGUUCAUUGACAUCCAUGUUCCCUGGAAAAAUAAGAACAGAAAAUUAUCAAAUUCAGUAGUGUGUGAAUUAGCAUUAGGGAGGGGCAGAGAAUACUGUAAAACUGUGACAUGACUCAUCGUGCUUAUUAUGUUCAGGGUGCCCUUCUGUGGAUAGGCCAGUGUGGGUUAUAGGAAAGAAUGUUCUAUCAACUGACCAUGAACAGAGCAGAUUGGACAUUAAAGGACUUGGGCUUUUCAUGGGAGGAGAGUUACAGGUUAUUAGGUACUGAUUAUGUGGUAGAAAUAAUGCAGAUGAAAUGGUGGUCAUUUUCUCCAUUGACUGGCAAUAGUUGUUGUGUAUCAGUGAUUAAUGAAAAAUUAGCCUUGUUCUUGGAAAUUGAAGAGAGAGCAGUUAUCUUGAAAGGAAAAUGUAAUCAAAAGGACCAGAAAAGUAUGUGCAUGUGUAUGAUUCAUAUUUAGCUGCUGCCAUUACAUUUUGCUACUGUUUUAUUCAGAAUGUAUCGUAAGUCUCGUGCUUUAAUAAAAUUUUUAUCGUUUUUUUCCAU